AAGUCGGUGCUGCUGCCGCUGCGAAGAGUUGCCCGGUGUCAGCGUCGCGAGGGCCCGCGGGCCUGGAGCGCUCUCCGACCGGCGGCUCCCGGGUCCAUCCCUCAAGUUUCCUAAAGCCAACCUGCCUCCCCCGGCUACUGGGCGACGCUCCCUGGCCCGGAGCAGGCCCGGGCGCUAGCGGCGGUCCCGGCGCGGGCCCCUUCUGCACGUCAGCGGCUGCGCAUGGGUGGCCCGGCCCGGCCCCUCAGGGCUGGCUGCUGGCGCGAUGGACACACCGGAGCAGAGGAUUUGGGCCAAUGGCAGCACCACACUGCCCCCACCCCUGGCGCCGAACAUCAGCGUGCCACACCACUGCCUGCUGCUGCUCUAUGAAGACAUCGGGACCUCGAGGGUCCGGUACUGGGACCUGCUGCUGCUCAUCCCCAACGUGCUCUUCUUCAUCUUCCUGCUCUGGAAGCUUCCCUUCGCCCGGGCCAAGAUCCGCGUCUCCUCCAGCCCCAUUUUCAUCACCUUCUAUAUCCUGGUGUUUGUGGUGGCCCUGGUGGGCAUUGCUCGGGCUGUGGUGUCCAUGACAGUCAGCACCUCCAAUGCGGCCACUGUUGCUGACAAGAUCCUGUGGGAGAUUACCCGCUUCUUCCUGUUGGCCAUCGAGCUGAGUGUGGUCAUCCUGGGCCUGGCCUUUGGCCACCUGGAGAGCAAGUCAAGCAUCAAGCGUGUGCUGGCCAUCACCACAGUGCUGUCCCUCGCCUACUCUGUCACCCAGGGCACCCUGGAGAUCCUGUACCCUGAUGCUCACCUCUCCGCUGAGGACUUCAACAUCUAUGGGCAUGGGGGCCGCCAGUUCUGGCUGGUCAGCUCAUGCUUCUUCUUCCUGGUCUACUCUCUGGUGGUCAUCCUCCCCAAGACCCCGCUGAAGGACCGCAUCUCCCUGCCUUCUCGGAGGAGCUUCUACGUGUAUGCGGGCAUCCUGGCGCUGCUCAACCUGGUGCAGGGGCUGGGGAGCGCGCUGCUCUGCGCGGACAUCAUCGAGGGGCUCUGCUGUGUGGACGCCACCACCUUCCUGUACUUCAGCUUGUUUGCGCCUCUCAUCUACGUGGCCUUCCUCCGCGGCUUCUUUGGCUCAGAGCCCAAGAUCCUCUUCUCCUACAAAUGCCAAGUGGACGAGACGGAGGAGCCAGAUAUGCACCUGCCCCAGCCCUACGCGGUGGCCCGCCGGGAGGGCCUGGAGGCGGUGGGAGCCGCAGGGGCCUCUACCGCCAGCUACUCAAGCACACAAUUUGACUCGGCGGCGGGGGGCGUCGCCUACCUGGACGACAUUGCCUCCAUGCCGUGCCACCCGGGCAGUAUUAACAGCACGGACAGUGAGCACUGGAAGGCUCUCAAUGCCUGAGGCCCAGGGUCUGCAAGGGCCUCUGUGGACACCCAGGAGCGGAGUCCAGGAUGGAAGAGGACAAGGCCACUACCUUCUGUGGUGGGCACCCUGUGCCAGCCCCCUCCUCCCUGGUUUGGAGGCCCUUUUCUGCCCUUCUGGCCCCCUGCUCCCUCUGACCGCCUGUCUCUGCUCUGUGUGGGACCAUCUUCCCUCCCCUUACGUGCCCUCACCUACCUAGCUCAGCAGGUGGCCCCAGACAUGGAUUCCUCUGGGCCAGGCCUGGUUUAGCUGGCUGAGGGCCCCCAGACUGGGCCAACCCUCAUGACCCUCCUCCCUGUCCCUCCGGGCUCUGCUUACUCUGAGCCACUGUGGCCCCGGGCUGAAUGGCUGACUGCAUAUAUUUUCUUGAUCUAUUUUGUAAUAAAAAGGCAAAAGGACAGAAGGUGGCA